AUGCCUCACAAUGGUUUUGGGAAUGGGUCGACUCCAAUCCUACAACGCGUGGGGCUUGCUGGAGCUGCAGCCCGCUUUGCACAACGCUCCUAUGCCGCCGACUAUGUCGCGCUGGGAUUUGUAGUAGCGGGAUGGGUACUGAUCCAAUUAUUCGUGAACCCGUUCCAUCGCAUGUUUUCGCUAGAUAACAGAGCCAUUCAGUACCCGUUUGCUGUCCACGAACGAGUUCCUGUUUUGUGGUCUGUCGUUUUCGCCGGCUUGAUUCCUUUCCUCAUCAUCCUCGCUUGGUCCGCAUUGGUUCGCGCGGGUGUGCAAAAGACGCAAGUGACGGUACUCGGACUAUUCGUGGCUCUGAUGUUGACCUCAUUGUUGACGGACAUCAUAAAAAAUGCGGUGGGAAGACCACGUCCUGACCUAUUGUCGCGCUGCAAACCCGCUCGAGGCACAUCAAAGAAUGCGCUGGUCGCAUGGACCGUCUGCACAGAAACCAAUCAACAUAUCUUACAAGAGGGAUGGCGGAGCUUCCCUAGUGGCCAUAGCAGCUUCUCAUUUGGAGGUUUUGGCUAUCUAUAUCUCUUCUUCUGUGGUCAAAUGCAUGUCUUCCGACCUCGCACCGACCUUGGCCGCUGUCUACUCGCAUUCUUCCCAUUAUUGUGCGCGCUAAUGGUCGCUUGUUCCCGAUUAGCGGAUUAUCGACAUGAUGUAUAUGAUGUGACCUGUGGCGGUCUCUUGGGUAUGCUGAUAGCCUGGUUCUCAUACCGCCGCUACUAUCCGCCACUGCGGUCCGUCAUGUGCGAUGUUCCCUAUGAUAAAGCCGAUCUUGCUGGACCGGACGGCUUUUCUAAGCUGGAUGAUGAAGAGGCCGUCGCGCGACCCUUUAUUCCGCGUUCUGGCACCUCGUCGGAGGAAGUCUAUCAACUCCAAGAGACGGAGCCAUCCAGAUCGACCUGA